CAAUCGCCACUAUUCAGAUCUCAACCGCCCACUCAAAAAUUCUUCGUCAUCUUCUUCGUGAAAAAUUCUCAAGAAUUUGCAAAAACCCUAGGUCUCUCUUUCUCAAAUUUUCACCCAAAUUCCUGAGAAAAUGAAGGUUGUCGGUGCAAAUGUCCACUUUCAGAAGUUAGAAGCCAAGUGCUCAUCCCCAACAUUCUUCCAAAGCUAUCUGCAGAUGAUAGCCGCUCAAGAACUCUCCGAAUUUCUUCAAAUGAAGAUUCGCCUCAAAUUCGAGGAAGAAGUUCUUGAAUUCUACAGAAAUGGAGAAAUCAAAUCUGCUCAGUCAAAGAAAAACCCACAGAGGACAUUUCCAGUCAUCAAGUCCACUGUUGGAGGCUCAAAGGUGAAGCUUUCGCAAAAGAAAUUGGGAGAAAAGCUUUGCCUUCCAAAUUCUGGAGUUGAAGUUGGAAAAUUUCCAAUCAAAAAUCUGGACUGGAACAUCAUUGGAAUCUCUAAGCAAGCUCCCUCUGGCCCAGCGAAGAAAGCAGAUCUAAACAACGAUUACAGGUUGGUUUUGGAACUGGUCAUCGCCUGCCUCGAAUGUGGGAGUGGAGGUCAUGCCGAUGACAUCACCCAGGAGAGAGCCUUCAUCAUCAACGCUCUCAUUACCAAAACUAAAGUAAACUGGGCUGCACACUUUUUCAAUUCCAUCUCAAAGCAUUUGGGAAAGCCCAACCAGAAAUAUCUUUGUCAAGAACUAUACCUUGGACAUAUUUUGGAGUCUAUGGGUAUUGCUUCUAAAGGAAAGAAGUAUGGAGAAAGAUACUGGCUAUACUACUUAUCCUCCAAAGGAGAAAACAGAGCCAGUGCUAGUGCCACUGUAGAAGAUAGCUCAUCAGAUAAUGUCCUACUCAUCCAUAUGGCAAAGACUGCCAAAAGAAAGCAAGUGGUGUCCCCCUCUCCCUCCAUUGAAGCACCACAGAACCGUGCCUUGCAAAGAAAUCCGGAAAACUCAGCACAGCACCUAUCCAGCUCAGGACUGGAUGGAACAGAAUUUAUAGGUGCAGUUGCUGACCACUUCUCAGAUGCUGCUCAAUCAGAGGAAAGGCGUGAAAAUUUAAGGCGCAUCAAAGAACUGUGUGGGAACAUGCAGGGCAUCAGUGAGGUUGCCGGAUCUUCAAAACGCAAAAGGAACUGAAGGUUCUUUUCAUCAAACCAGGGGGAAA